ACUUGACCCGGAAGUCAAAAUUUGUAAAUAUAGAAAAUGGUCGCAUGACAGGCCUAUCAGCUGUAAAUGAACAGUGUACAGGAUGAUGAUGCUCCUGUGACCCCCUGUGUUGUAUGAUGGCCAUGUGGGAUGACACACCCACUACCCUCACUGUAUUUGGACCCCUCAGCUCUGAAGUGUCUGAGGGAGGGAACCUGUUCACCAGACUCUGGAAAAGGAGUAAAGAUGACUCUUCGUCCUCCUCCCGCGCCAGCAGCCAGAAGUCAUCUCGUGAUCCAUCGGUGGACAGAGAGGUGACCAAGAGAUGGGUUUCUGUCACACCAAGGGUAGACAACCCUGAAGUGACUGGAGUGGUUACAGAGGUUAAGGAGGAUGAUUUGCGGGAGGACCUGACAGCGUCCACCAGUGAGGUGGAGCAGCAACAUGGGGAUGCUGACAGGACCCUCUCCAGUGUUCUCAACCGACUCAGCAACAUCCUGGAGCGCCGUACCACGACUCCACAGGCAUACCGUGACAGUGAUUUCAAACAAUACUGGAUGCCCGAUAGCAGCUGUAAGGAAUGCUAUGACUGUGGAGACAAGUUUACAACAUUCCGACGGCGACACCAUUGUCGUAUCUGUGGCCAGAUAUUCUGUAGCAAAUGCUGCAACCAAGAACUUCCUGGAAAGAUCAUAGGAUACAAAGGUGGUAUCCGUGUGUGUACUUACUGUGGAAAAGUGGCCAUGAGUGCCCUACAGAAUGAACCCUCCACGGGUGAUCUAAGGGUGGAGAGGGAGGACCUUCGUCUCUCUAUGGAAUACACAUAUUCCGGAGGUCUGAUGGGGGCAAACAGUAUCUGGGGUUCUAGCAAGAAACAAGGGGCUGCCAACAAAGCCAGGGGCCACCUGUCAAUGACCAGUAGUACCACAAGUUUGGACCAGAUGGCGCCGUUCGAUCUCACACCUCAGACUGACUACCAGAACUUUGAAAACCUAUACAUGGACAGGAAGUUCUUUGAGGACUCCACCCAACUGCGUGACCUAUGGAAGCACAUUUCAGACCUGGAUAAAGGGGUGGAAAUGCAGAGUCACAGAAUCCGUCUCCGAACCUAUCACAAAUGCAUUGUGGGAAAUAAACUGGUCGACUGGCUGAUCAAAAAUGACCGAGCUGUGAGACGUGUACAGGCAGUGGUGAUUGGUCAGGCGUUACUUAAUGCUGGGUACCUAGAGCCUGCCAGUGGUCAGCAACCGCUUGUAUUUCAAGAUGACUUCACAUUGUACAAACCAUCGGAGACAUCCCCCAUGGAACAACCAGAAGAGUUCUUGCCAGGGGGAGACGACUCCUGCAUUGAGAACACUGAACCUGAAUGGUUACAGCAGAUUGAAAUGGACAGUGAUGGUGAUUCUGUAUCGGAGGAACACGCAGAGAAGAUGGAUUCAUUCCAGGGCUUGGGUGUUGGUCGAAAACACAAAGAUGUCACUUCACAAGCCAGCUCCCACGAUAAAACAACCGGAGAUGAGGAAGAAAUUUUGGACUUUGAACCCUUACCUAGACAGGACAACCAUGGAACUGGAGUACAGGAAGAUAUUAUCACAGACUCGGUGUUCACAAGUUCACAGACACAGAGCGGGGCCCAGAUACUGAGUACAUGUAGAGGGUGGCGGACCCUCGAGCAGGUCAAGGACGAAAACGAUGAGAAGGCUUCAUUUGUCAAACUGAAGUCUUUACAUGAUGACCAUUUACGUGACCUGGUCAGUCAGAUGUCGUGUGAUGAAGGCUUGUCCAAAUCCUGGAUGGACAUUGUCCUUGGAACUGCUCAGAGGGUCAGCCGAUAUGUCCACCCAGAUGUGAAGCAUGCAGGGGACCACAUGGACAUCAGGAAGUACAUCAAGUUCAAAAAGAUUCCGGGUGGGAACAAAGAGCAGACCUGUGUAAUACAUGGACUUGUGUUUACAAAGAACGUGGCUCACAAAAAGAUGGCGCAUCAGCUUACCAAUCCCACCAUCCUCCUGCUGAAGGGCUCCAUUGAAUACCAGAGGGUGGAGAGUAAAUUUUCCUCCCUCGAGCCACAGAUUCUUCAGGAAGAGGAAUUCCUGAGGAAGAAUGUGUCCAAGAUAUCGUCCAUGAAGCCCAAACCGGACAUCGUUGUGGUGGAGAAGUCGGUGUCCCGCCUCGCUCAGAACUUCCUUCUGGCCACGGGGAUCACUCUGUUGUACAAUGUUAAGCUGGCUGUAAUGGAGAGACUGGAGAGAUUUACCCAGGCAACCAUCAUCAGCUCUAUCGACGGAAUCGUCAGUGGUCCGAUCAACCUGGGCUUCUGCCAUAACUUCAAAGCCUGUAACUUCAACUUACCCUCAGGUGAAAACAAGACAAUGCUCUGUUUUGACGGAUGUGCAACUCAUCUUGGCUGUACGAUUUCCCUGAGAGGUGGAUCUAGUAGUGAGUUAAAGCGGAUCAAAAAGAUCAUGCGACACAUUAUCUAUGCAGCGUACAAUUCGCAACUAGAAAUCUCUCUGCUAAUGGAUGAGUUUGCCAUGCCGCCUGGACAGCUGGACGAUUCAAUCCAUGUGAUUGACAGUGCAGACUCCACCCCUUCUGCUGGGGUGGACAUGGUGGACAGCAUCAACAACAGUGAUGCCAUUCAAGAGUGGGUGGAGUCAACUGUAGCAGAGGGAGGAGCUAAUGAAAGUGGGGGUGUGGCCAGUGAAGAAGUUGGUGUGGCCAAUGAAAAUGAGGGAGGGGCUACAAAUGUGGGAGAUGUUAAUUGCAGUGUUGAUGGAAAUAUUAAUUCCAGUAUGACCAGUGUUGAUGACAAAAGUGAUAAGCAAGGGGAUAGCUACCCUGAGAUUGUGACUUUGGAAAGUGAAAAAGGUAACAUGGACACAGAGGAGGUGUGCAAAUGUUCUGAGAAUGUUAAACUAAAUGAUAAGGACAUGUCCAAUGUGCUGGAGAGUGAAAAAGACACUGCCAUGGAAAAUGACUUGAAAACAUUAGUAGAGGAAGGAAAAAUCAAAUUUACUUUAGGAGAAACAAAUGAUGACAGUGAACAAGAUCAAGAUAAAAACGAAAGUUUAGAUCUGAAAAUGGAUUUGUUGAACUGUGAUAACAUUGGUCGAAAAACGUCUUCAUCAGAGAUUAUAACUGACCAAUCAGACCCUCUCCACAAUUUCGAAAAAAAUCAAGAUGAUACAAUUUUUCAAAGUUCCAUUACACUUCAAGAGAAAUCUCAAAAGCGUUAUCAAAAGUUCAGGAAACUUCUAAAUGAGGUUUUACUCAGUACGUCUCCGUUUGUGAAGUAUGAUGUGCCGUUUUUAGAAUCAGAAUCAGGGAGUGACUGCUGUUCACGGAAAUAUUUUGCACAUAUAGAUGAGCUGUACUGGUCGUGUCGAUUUGACCCCACUGGGUAUGAAAUGAGGAGGUCCCAGAAAUACCAUGAAGGAGAACAGCCCCCGAAGCCUCCCAUGUCCUGGUCCGAUGUGGAGGUGGUCGAGUCUCAUCCCUUCAUAUUGUCAGAACUGACCUCCAUGGACAAGGGCCAAAUUGAGAGCAUGUUGGCUGACUUCCGAGCACGAGGGGGAAGAAUUAUCCUCAAGCCUCCUUUUCCCAAUCUAGUGGCGGGGCCUAAAGACCUGUUUGACCCGAGCAACAGGAAUAGCCCGAGCCAACAAAACAACAAAGGUGUAUCAUUCUCAGGGAAGAAAGACAGAAGGAGAGACUGUCUGGAGUUCCAUCGACAUCAGAGACUAGCUGUACUGCUCAGUAGCCACUCAGAGAGAUCAGCCAACCAUCCCUUCCCCUGUCUACCUCCACAGAUUGUUACCAUGGAGUUUUACGGUAACCAGGACAUCACUCUGGGUGGAUUCCUCGAGAAGUUCUGCUUCAGAGAGUCUUACUCCCUCCAGCCAUACACCUGCCCUUCAGAGGCGUGCGACAUCCCAAUGUUAGACCAUGUACGCAGGAUCGUACACAACAAUGGCGCCAUCUAUAUAUCUCUGAGAAAGUUGAAGAACUGUGUUCCUGGAGGCGAUAGUGCCAUCAUGAUGUGGAAUUGGUGCAGGAAAUGUAGACAGGCCACUCCUUUGAUGCCAAUGAGUCAGGACACUUGGAAUAUUUCCUUUGCCAAAUAUCUAGAGCUGCAUUUCUAUGGUAACAGUUUCAUGCGAAGAGUGAAAUCUGAGAAUUGUACACAUUCCCUUCACCAAACGUUCAGCCAGUACUUAGGGCACAAGAAUAUCGUGACAACCUUCAAGUACUAUCAGAUCACAAAGCUGGAGAUAGCUCUACCACACUGUGUUAUAAACCUGGAGACAGGUUCCUACCAGCAACACUGCACACGACUCAGGGAGGAGACCAAGCACCUUGUCAACAGGGGGACAGACAUGUACAGUACAGUGCUGGAGUAUGUGUUGCGGAUCAAUUCUGAAAGCCAGAACGAACUGCUGUCUCGAAUGGUUGGAGACUACAUAACCAUGAUUCAGAGUGAUAAGUGUGACAUACGUGAUCAAGGACGCAACAUCCUGGAUAAACUUCAGGAAUUGGAGACUGGUCUUAAUAUCUGGGGAUCUGUGGAUACAAACAUUGGGCAGAUAGACAAAGUGGGAGGAUUUUACCUGUUACAGGAUGACCUUGUGAGGCUCAAGAGGUCAUACGCCGACUCCAUCUCCAACUGGAACAUUAAACUACAAGAGCUGUACUCCCAGCACAAGAAAAGACAGCUGGUUCUCACCAAGAAGGAGCGGGAGAUGUCCACGCUGCCUACUGAUGAUAGUUCCCAAGCCAAGUAUGCCAAGUCGAGCUCGGAGGAUGGAAGUUAUCCCGGCAACGCCAGCCUCAAUGUUGCCAUGGACACGAGACCCCCUAGUAACGGCAGUGCUGGAGGAGCUAGGCCAUCUACUAAUUCUCAUGCUCCCUCCGAGCCUGUCCCUAUAACAACAAACAUCACUGAGACCCAAGAGUCUGAUGUAUUUGUUGAGGAAAAUACAGAGUACGUGAUGAGCCCUACCCCUGGUGUGGCCCUCGGGAUAUCUCCAGGUAUGGCAGCAGGUAUUAUACAAGACAGCACACCACCUACUAACACAGAUCUCAACAGCUCUAACUCUUACAUAGUGCUUCAACUCAACAAAGAUAAUCUUACCCUAGAGGUUGAAAGGAAAGGUCAAGGAGAUUCAAAAUCUUACAACAUCCCAACAGUUGCCAGGGAAACGGAAGAUAGCCUUAUGUUAGCAGAUACUGAUGUACAGAAAGUGAGGUCAGGAAAGGGUUCUAACAGAUUGGUGGUCCCAGGAAACUCUCAGAAACUCUCGAACAGCAGUGAUGAUCAAACAGAUGGCCAACAAACAGACAGAAUCAGUGGCUUCAAAAAGACCAUUACCAACUUCCUGUCAGGAACAGGGUUAUCUCCCUUGGUCAUCCCAGUUGAUGCCAGUGAACAUACAGUCCUUCCCUCCUGUUACCGAGUCCCCAUUCUGGUGUACGAUCAGGAGCCAAGUUCUAUCAUAGCUUAUGCCCUCAGUUGUCAUGACUACCACCAGAAACUUCAGGAGAUCCAGACAACGAUUGGCUCAUCACAAAGAGAGGCAUCUUCUCAGAGCAUCUACAAAGGAAGUAAAUCUGGAGACACAGAUUCUGUUGCCUCGGACAAUGAUAAAGGGACACGUAAAGGAGGAUCUGCGAUGCUGGCAUUUCUACGGGGAGGGAGUAAGGAGGCCAGUCCUGUGUUACCAAGGAAACUUAUGGAUAAUGCUGCCAUGGAUUCUGUCAAGUAUACUCCGAAGUUAGAUUCUGAUAGUAUAGAAAUUGAGGAGGAGCGGGCUUUCCUGAUGUCCACUUCGCUUUCGCUAGGGGGAGCUGACUCUGACAAGUCAAAGGGAGGCAAGCAGUCGACAAGUCCACACCUAGAACUACAAUUCUCAGACCAGACGGCACGUUUCUACUGUAAAGUGUAUUUUGCAGAGCAGUUUCAGCAGCUGAGGAAGCUCAUUUUCCCUGCUGGGGAAGACAUGUUCAUCCGAUCGCUGAGUAGGUGCAAAGUUUGGGAGGCAAAGGGAGGUAAAUCUGGAUCUGCCUUCAGUAAAACUGACGAUGAUAGAUUUAUCCUAAAGCAGAUGUCUGGAAUAGAGGUUGACAUAUUUGAAAAAUUUGGACCAGAAUACUUCCAGCAUAUCAGCAAGUGUUACAUGGAGCAGAAGCCAACAGCUUUGGCGAAGAUUGUUGGCGUCUACAGAAUUGGAUUUCGUAACACGCAUACUAACCGGGCCCUGAAACAGGAUGUGUUGAUCAUGGAGAACCUGUUCUAUAACAGAAAGAUCUCUCAGACAUUUGAUCUGAAGGGCUCCAACAGGAAUCGUCUUGUAAACACCUCAGGGAAACGUGAGGAGGAAGUCGUAUUACUCGACGAAAAUCUCAUGAAAUUGAGUGUUGAGUCGCCGUUGUAUGUAUACCCUCACUCUAAGAUGGUGUUAACUACAGCUAUCAGACAAGACUCGGAGUUCUUGUCGGCAAACCUGGUUAUGGAUUAUUCUUUGCUGGUCGGACUGGACGAGAAACGAAACGAACUAGUCGUUGGUAUCAUAGAUUACAUCAGGACCUUCACCUGGGACAAGAAACUUGAGACAUUGAUAAAAUCUACCGGAGGAAAGAUGCCCACAGUGGUCUCCCCUGAAAUAUACCGGACACGCUUCAUGGAGGCCAUGGGACGCUACUUCCUGCCUGUCCCCGAUCAGUGGAAUGGACUAGGCAGGGACACAGAAUUAUGACCAUUGUUUAAUGACUAGUGACAUCAUUAUUUUUAAUCUGAAUUUCCAGUUAUAAUGUUGUUGAUUCUAGAGAAAAACACAAACUCAGGUGUUACAUGUUUGCUGGACAAGCGUACUGUUUCACAUAGUAAUUCAUUAACAUUGAUGUGAAGUUCAUAGAAUUCCAAACUGACCAAAUCAACCAGGAAUUCCUAUUGUAGUACAGUGUUUUUGUUUACUUAGGUAUCCUUUGAAGGAGGGUUUGCUUAAGGAAGUUGGAUAAGAAAUAAUUGGUGGCCAUCCAUCCAUUGAUUACUAAGGCAUAUUACUGGGAAACUUCCACCAGUCAAAUAUUCACCCUCCACCUGUAACAUUCAUAUUUGUCCAGUGUGGAGUUUGCCUUCUUAUGUUAAUACUGAAUUUGGUGAUAUUUUAAUUCGUCCUUAUUGCCCUCCAACCGAGAUCAAAGAUAGCUGCCAUUGUGAUAAAAUACAGCAACAACAACAACAAUGCGUAGGAAUACAAAAUUGUUUAUCGUGAUUAUGCUGUCAAUUUUUUUUAAUUUUGACCAAUCAAAAAGUGUGUUACAAACAGCAUAAAUCAGAAUGCUGGUACAUAGUCUUUGAUGAUAUGAUUUAGAACAAUAUCACUGUCACAGAAACUGACAACGGAGAACUAUGUUACCUUCGGUACAGAGACUUCAGUCAUAACCUUAAGAACAAGUCUUACAGACUGAUGAAGUCAAUGACAGUGAGCAUGGUAAUUUGAUAACUGAAGCAUUGUCAGAUAUAAUUCUGGAACAUGUGACCCUAAUUUUUUGGGUUCCGGUCCAAUCACAGUAAUUCAGACUUAUGGUUUAUGGGUAUAGGGGCACAACAAUCAGACACAUCUGGGAAUGCCAUAUAAAAGUAAGCACAAGGAGACAUUUUUUAAUAACAUUCAUUAUCAGAGUCCGACAUUACAGACAUUUCACUCUAAGUGAGUUUCAGUAUUUUUUGGUAUUUAAAGUGAGUUGAUAAAUAGAUGACCAACUCGAUGAUUGAAUUAUUGUUCUUCCCAAUAGAUGAUAAUUAGAUACGCCCACAAAAUGGGGAGCAUAUUGGACCACACCAUGUUAUGACAGUGUCUAUUUGUCUGUCCAUCCGUCCUUUACAUUAACUUGUGGCUGCAACUAGUUUCACAGUUUUAGACCAAAUGUGCAUGUAAUAAAAUAAGGAAGCUGCAUUAGAUGUCACUACACCCUUCCCCUGUGUCAGUCUACCAGCACAUUGGACCUGUGACUAAAACCCUACAGCAUUCAGUUUGUUGGAUGGAGUUCAUAUAAUGGCGCACAUUUCAUAAAAUUGGGAUUAAGCGUUACAUUCUACCACAGUCAUGGGCCUUUCUGAUCCCUCCUGCAGACUUAAACCUUAUGAAAUAUGUAACAUGGACAAAGGGAGGUCAUCUAUUAAAGAUAAGAUGUUGUAAAGAGUUAACAAAAAAGAAAAGCACCUUGUCUUAUAUUCCUAACUAGUUGAAAAAGUUUAUUUUGUUAUGAUUUGUUGCAAGAAUGCACGAGAAGUGAUCAAGUUAUAACAAUAAAUUGUAUACAUCAUUUAAAAAUAGACUAGAAAUUGUUUGCAAUUCCAUUUGAAUAUGCCAUUGUUGAAAACUUGCCGUACAAAUAUCAGAAUAAUUUUCGACCCGUUCCUAAAAUUAAUACCCUUAUAGGCCUCACAUACAUACAUUUCUCUUUCGAAGUUACAGACUGUAUCAACAUAUUGCAAGUGUUCUAUGCAGUGUUCCUUUUGUGGGUGUUUACAUCAUGGAGCUUCAUAUUCCAAUAAUACUGUAAUAAAGUGCAAUGUCUGUUAAUUUUAGCCUGGAACUUUAUAGUCUAGUUAUAAUGUGAUUAUAGAGUGCAUUUUUUUUUGUGGAUAUUGUUGUCCGUCGUAAGAUUCUGUUGUCUAAUAAGAUAGAACUAUUGUAUAUUUUUAGUGGAUGUUCAUAUAUGGCCAGCGUCAGUGUCCAGUUUUGUUGUGCCUAUGGUGGUAUGAUUGUAAUGCACACCAUACAUAUACUAUUGUACAUAUAAACACUUCUAUUAUCAAAUUACAAAAAUUAUAACCCACCCAGAAUCCUGUAAAUGUUCAGCUCACUGUGAUGCUAAUAUUCAUGGUUUGUCUUAAAGAUAUUUAAAUGAACAUGAUGAGAGGUUUGAAUUUAAAACUUGGUCCAUUGUUGUUAGAUACAUAUCCUAUGUAUGAGUCUAUAUAUAACAUAUACUGUGUUUAUGAGAUUUGUGUUAUUUAUUUAGUGCUGUCUUAUUUAUUCUAAUUAUAGCUCUGUUAUGAUCAUGUGACACAAGAGAUAUAUAUGAUAUGAAAUGUUUGAACUACAAAGUUUAUAUCAUACUUUUAAUAAUAUUAACUCAUUCACCCCU